AAAAGAUCUUGGAGAUUUUGUCACCAGGAAAUUGAUGAACCUCAGCUGAAAUGAAGAGUUCCCGUGUAUGGUAGAUGAUGCUCCUACAUUCCGAAGCUUUCUUUGGUUUCGGAGGCGGAGAGUCGCUGUUGUAGCAGCUUCCAGCAGGAUUUUCUUCGAGGCCCCGGUACGCAAUUCCUCGAAUAUUUGCAGAUUUUUCUGGGUUUGUAAUCUUCAGCUUGUUCUCUGCAAGGCCUGUGAAGUUGUUUGAUAAUGUCGCUCUCGCUCGUCUCCGCAAGAGCUACGUCUUCUCUCCUUCCUGGGGCUGUGUCCUCGGCCCCGUGCAGCCAUGGAUUCUCUCAGGUUAGCUCAAUUGGAUUCUUAAGUUUGCAGCAUUCUCAUAUAUCCUUUAGGGAGUCCUCAGGGUUGCUGGGAUUUCAAUUACCAUCCUUGAAAAUCUCGCGAGAGUUAGAGACACCAUUAGUGCGUCAGAUAUGUCGAGCUGCAUUGGCACCCGAAGUAGAGGCCGCCGUUUCCAAGCAGUCAUGGCGGAGCAAGGAACCCAAGGAUACCACCGUCAUGAUAGUGGGUGCCACGGGCUACAUCGGCAAAUUUGUCGUGAGAGAGAUGGUGAAUCGCGGCUACAACGUGAUCGCAGUUGCUCGGGAGAAGAGCGGCAUUGGAGGAAAGGUUGACGCCGAACAAACCAUCCGAGAUUUUCCAGGCAGUACCGUUGUCUUCGCAGAUGUCUCCGACACGGACUCCAUCACGUCUGCACUACAGUCCCCAAAUAUAAAUGUCGACGUUGUGAUUUCCUGUCUCGCCAGUAGAACCGGCGGCAAGAAAGACUCCUGGAAGAUUGACUACCAAGCCACUCGGAACUCCCUCGACGCGGGCGUUGCACGAGGUGCUUCCCACUUCGUCCUCCUCUCGGCUAUUUGUGUGCAGAAACCCUUGCUGGAGUUUCAGAAGGCGAAGCUUAAAUUUGAAGACGAGCUUGUGAACUAUGGCAAUGGCCUUACGUACAGCAUUGUUAGACCUACUGCCUUCUUCAAGAGUUUGGGCGGGCAAGUGCAAAGUGUUCAAGGAGGCGGGCCGUAUGUCAUGUUCGGCGACGGUAAGCUGUGCGCUUGCAAGCCCAUAUCUGAAGCAGAUCUUGCUUCCUUCAUUUCUGACUGCGUCAGCGACGUUGAGAAAGUUAAUCAGAUGCUCCCCAUCGGUGGACCUGGGAAAGCCCUAACCCCUCUCGAGCAGGGGGAAAUGCUGUUUAAGAUUGUUGGUAAAGAACCCAAGUUUAUUAAAGUGCCUAUUGGCAUCAUGGACUUCGUUAUCGGGGUGUUGGACAAUCUCUCUAAGGUUUUCCCAAACCUUGAAGACGCUGCAGAGUUUGGGAAGAUUGGACGGUACUACGCGGCCGAGAGUAUGCUUGUGUUGGAUCCAGUGACUCAGAAAUAUGAUGCGGAUGCUACGCCAGGUUAUGGUAGUGAUACUCUGGAGGCUUUCUUUGAUCGUUGCGUGAGGGAAGGUAUGGCGGGGCAGGAGCUUGGUGAUCAAGCAGUGUUUAAGAGUUAGUUUGUGGAACCGUUUUUGUACGAAUAGGUUAUUUUUUUUGUUCUGUGCAUGCAGUGAUCAAGUCCAAAGAUAAGAAACCUGAGCCUUGAGGUAUUGGGAUUAGAAGAAGUGGAUUAAUCUGCUCUUGAGAGAAACUUGACUACAUAUGGAGCCUGUGCUGGUUGUACUAUAUGUUCGGCUGCCUGUUGGUGAACCAGGCACACCACGAGCUUGACAUGAUUUUCCGUAAUCUGCACAAGCCUUCAACUAAUGAAGGUUAUGCUAACAUUGUAACAUG